CGGAAUCUCGAGCCUGCCUCCCGAUCUCAGACUCCCGUUCUGUUCUAAGCACACACCCCGAGGAUCUUCUCAGAAUGUCAGCACUGAAUGGGGCUACCAAUUCUCCGCCGUCGAAGACGAUCGAUGCCGAACGCGACUCAACCGAAGGCAUGGACGAAGACGAGCUUAAGCUGGUGAUUACCUAGGAGCAGGAGACAUAGCUGGGACCAAACUGUGCAGGAAUGGGCUAUGAUAACGAGACUUACCUUCGGUAACGUUCUCUUCUAGUUGUGAACUGGUGUGGCUACGGGUAUCCUCUCCUGGAAGUCUGCUGCUCAUCGGCCUGCUGGUUGGCCGGGACCGGCUACCGGCGCAAGGGCGGUGGACGAACAGGAAGGGUUGAGAUUACACCGUUCGAACCUGAUCAGCGCUCAGACCUGCGUAGGGAAGCCCCCAGUGUCGCCUUUUUGCCCCCCCGGGUACUCCGGGGGUCUAAGCAGAAUGUACUGAUCGUUUCUAUUUCGCAUGCUCUUCAGCACAAGCUCGGGUACAAGCAGUCGUUACACCGUAGCUGGCAUUUCAUCGAAAGCUUUGCGGCUAGCUUUGUUGCCAUGAACUUUAUUGGCGGCGUUCGGUCCGGUUUCUUCCUUGGCUUGCUUGCGGGCGGUCCUGCUGCCGUAUGGUCUUCGUAUAUCAUCUCGAUGAUAUUCAUGUUCAUCACUGCGGCGGUCCUUGCGGAGAUUUGCUCUGCGCUCCCACUGAGCGGCUCGAUCUACAUUUGGUCUGCUGAGAGCGCAGGACCGAAGUACGCCAGGUUCUUUGGCUUCAUCGUUGCAUGGUGGUCGACCACCGCUUGGAUGACCUUCGCCGCAGGCAAUUGCCAGACUACCGCCAACUACAUCGUCUCACAACUGGCGGUGUGGGAGAUAGACUUCCCCGGAGGGAUUGGCUAUGAUAACGUCAAAUGGCGUGCGCUCAUCUGGGCGAUCUCCGAGGGUGUUCUGCUCCUUUCCAUCGCCAUCAAUUACCUUCCUCCGAGGUUGUACUCGGCAGUGUUUAAGUUCUCUGUCGCGCUCUACGCCGUCGAUUUCUUGCUGUGCGUCAUCUGGCUACCCAUUGGUGUCUCCAAGACGUACGGAUUCCGCUCUGCAAAGGAAGUCUUCACAAUGACCUAUAACGGGACUGGAGCACCCGCAGGCUGGAACUGGAUUCUUUCGUUUUUGUUCACCGCGGGUACAAUGAUUGGCUUCGAUGCCUCUGGACACAUCGCUGAGGAGACCAAGAAUGCUAGUGUUGUGGCAGGACAAGGCAUCAUCACCUCCGUCGUGGCAACUGGCGUUUUGGGAUUCGCAACUACGAUCCUAUUCCUGUUCUGCACCCCCGACCUCGACACGUUGUUCGCUUUGGAGGCCCCUCAACCCUUCGUGCAAAUCUACGCACUCGCCCUUGGCAAGGGUGGCAGUGUCUUCAUGACCAUCAUCGCUACGCUCGGUCUCAUCCUGAGUACUAGUGUGGCGAUCGUCGCUGCGUCUCGCCUCAUCUUCGCCGUCGCUCGUGACGGUGUGCUCCCUUUGUCGGGAUGGAUCGGUCAGGUCGACGCGCAGAAGCAGCCCCGCAACGCCGUCACUGUCAUGUUUGUUUUCGGCGCCUUCAUUUUGUGUACUAUACUGCCCAGUCAGGUGGCGUUCACGUCGCUCAUCUCUGCUGGUGGUAUCCCGACGACUGCUGCCUACGGUUUGAUCGCCUUGCUCCGCCUAACAAUGACACCAAACGACUUCACCAAUUCCCACUUCUACCUCGGUCGCUGGAGGAUCCCGUUUUAUAUCUCGGCGGUUUUGUUCAACGGCCUUGUCUUUGCGGUCCAAAUAUCGCCAUUCUUCUUCCCGACGGACGCCUCGACGUUCAACUUCGCAUGCGUAAUCCUCGGUUCUGUUACCAUCUUCGGUAUCCUCAGCUGGUACUUUGUCCCCGAAGAGAAGUGGCUCCGUCGCGACCAAGUCUUGCAUCAGCUCAAGGUUGCCGACGAGCCCCUCGAAGGAGAGCAGUCCUACGCAUCGACUUCAGUUCCUGAGCUCCCGGAGGAUACGGCGCCCAAGUCGAAGCGUGUAGACUAAGGAUCGCUGCGAAAUGUCUUGGAUAUACUGGUGAUUCGUUUGUCUAUGCUCACAAAGCCGUUGCGUUGUACUUCAUAGAAUCCCCACAGUAUCUAGACUCCAUCGCUGCUAUCUUUGCUGUUGACAUUCUAUGACCAAUUAAAGUGUUAUGUCUCGU